AUGAAGCUCAAAGCCCGUUUGAUUCUAUCUGGAAUAAUUUUAAUAUCACUGCUUCUAUGUUAUCUCGUAGUCCUUGUAGUACUCGAUAUGGAUCUGAUGACUGAUUACAUAGAUCCCAGACCUCCACAAAUCAGCAUUCAUAAAUUAUGUGUAAUCGUCCCGUAUCGUGAUCGUUUUGAAGAGCUUCGAGAGUUUUCCCCGCAUAUGUCCCAAUUUCUUCAUAAUCAAAACGUCUCACAUCAUAUCCUGAUAAUCAACCAAACGGAUUCCCUUCGUUUUAAUCGUGCUUCACUGAUAAAUGUUGGAUGGAAUGAAGCAGAUCGACUUGGAUGUGAUUACAUGGUGAUGAACGAUGUGGAUCUUCUUCCUAUCAACCCGGAGGUCCCAUACAAUUUCCCAGAAGUUGGAAUCAUUCGUCAUAUCACUUCUCCGGAAUAUCAUCCUAAAUAUCACUACGAAAAAUUCAUAGGAGGAAUCUUGAUGUUAACGUUACGCGAUUACAAGAAACUCAAUGGAAUGUCCAACAAGUAUUGGGGCUGGGGACUGGAAGAUGAUGAGUUCUAUUUGAGAGUCGUGGACAGCAAACUCAAUCUAACUCGAGUAUCCGGUCUUUCAACGAAUAGCACAAAUACGUUUCGUCAUAUUCACGGUCCCAAACGGAAACGAGAUUAUACUCCUAAAAAGAAAGAUAUGAAACAAUGGGAGAUUAAACGAAAACGAGAUCAUGAAUCCGGUCUUCGUAAUGUACGUUACACAAUUGAAAAUCGACGUCUUAUUGAUUUCUCUGGAUCAUCUGUUACCGUUAUUAAUGUCGCAUUGUAUUGUGACAUGAGUUGGACCCCUUAUUGCAAAUCAUAG